AUGCACCCCCGCCAUACCCCCCGCCAAGUUCCUACCGAUAUCCGCCACCAAAUUACCCUCCAGCUUCAGCACCCUAUGCACCCAGGGACCCUCGAUACUCACCUUCACCCUACGGCACACCGCCGCUUCCACCCCGCCCAUCCUCGGAAUCUCAGUCUCACUCGCCUAGCUUACGCUCGUACCCAAGUGCGCCACCUUUGCCAAACCCCCAUCCAUUCGUCUACCCUCUUUCUAACUCUACCAGCGUCCCCGCCCUCCGGGGGUCAACCGCUCCCACCCCGGCCCCCCUCAGGUUUCCAACCCUUUGGCCAUGGCGCGCCAUCAAACUACCACUUCCAGUACUCCAGCUGUACCGGCCGGCGGCGCGCCCUCUUAAUUGGGAUAAACUACUUUGGCCAGCCGAACCAAUUGCAGGGAUGUAUCAACGACGUGACGAACGUCUCGACAUUCCUAGCGGAGCGGUAUGGGUAUCGGCGAGAGGACAUGGUGAUCCUCACAGACGACCAGCAGAACCCGAAGAGUUUGCCAACGAAAGCAAAUAUCCUUCGCGCGAUGCAGUGGCUUGUUAACGGGGCCGUUGCGAACGACAGUCUUUUUAUCCAUUUUUCUGGACAUGGUGGUCGGACACCCGAUCUUGAUGGGGAUGAGGAUGAUGGCUUCGACGACGUGAUCUACCCGGUGGACUACCGGGUGGCCGGGCACAUCGUUGACGAUGAAAUGCACGAUAUUAUGGUUCGGCCCCUUCAGCCUGGAGUCCGCCUGACGGCGGUCUUCGACUCCUGCCACUCCGGAACAGCCCUCGACCUCCCCUACGUCUACUCCACCCAGGGCAUCCUCAAAGAGCCGAACCUCGCCAAAGAAGCUGCAUCCGACCUGUUCUCCGCGAUCACCUCCUACGGCCGCGGUGACUUGAGCGGCGUCGCGCAAACCGCCAUUGGGUUCUUCAAGAAGGCCGCGAUAGGUGACUCGGCGCGGCGCCGGACUGUGCGCACAAAGACCUCACCGGCCGAUGUAGUCAUGUUUUCAGGGUCGAAGGACUCACAGACAUCUGCCGACACAUUCCAGGACGGCGAAGCACGGGGGGCCUUAAGCUGGGCAUUUAUCAAGGUGCUGCAGCGGCAUCCGCACCUGAGCUAUGUGCAACUGCUGAAUCUGAUCCGAGCGGAGCUGGAAGGGAAGUAUACGCAGAAGCCGCAAUUGAGUUGCAGUCAUCCGUUAGGUAAGUUCCCAUGCUGGGUUCCGACGAGGAGACUCCACAUCUAA